AAAGCCUAUGGCCCCGCCCCCAAACGUUAACUCCUCCCAAUCAUCGCCACCGCACUCGUUCUUCCUCCUUAUGCCUGACGGCCGGGGCGGCGGGAGCCGGUAACUCUCGCGCAUGGGCGUUGGGCUUUUUCAGAGCUGGGCGCUCGGGCGGGGUGUCAGAGCCUUACUGCGGCUGUAGCGCUAUUCUCCUUUGUCCCCAUCUCCUAGGAUUAGAGCGGGCGCGCCCCCCUCCUCCCCUUUGGCUGCUGCAGCCCCUGCGUUGUGUGACUGGGAAGCUCCUGAGUGCGAGGCAUGAAGCUGAGCAAAGCCCAGUAUGAUGAAAUAGCCCAGUUCCUGGGGCACGUGCAGCCCACCAGACAGAGCCUGCGGAAGCUGAAGAAGAGAUUCCCUAGUCAAUCGCAGUCCACUCUGCUGAGCAUCUUCUCCCAGGAGUACCAGAAACAAAUCAAAAGAACACAUGCAAAGCAUCAUACUGCUGAGGCUAUUGAAACUUACUACCAAAGGUACCUGAGUGGGGUGGUGAAAAAUGCAGGUGCCCCUGUACUACUGGAGCUAGCCAAUGAGGUGGACUUUGCACCAUCAUUGAUGGCUCGAAUUGUGCUAGAAAGAUUUCUACAAGAGCAGGAGGGAACUAUCCCUUCCAAGACUCUUAUAAAUAGUAUGCUGCGGGACCCUUCUCAGAUUCCAGAUGGAGUUCUAGCAAAUCAGGUCUAUCAGUGUACUGUGAAUGACUGUUGUUAUGGACCACUGGUGGACUGCAUCAAACAUGCUAUUGGACAUGAGCAUGAAGUCCUGCUGCGAGAAAUGCUGCUGGAGAAAAAUCUUUCUUUCUUAGCUGAAGAACAGCUUCGUGCAAAGGGUUAUGACAAAACACCAGAUUUUAUUUUAGAAGUGCCGGUCGCUGUUGAAGGACAUAUAAUUCACUGGAUUGAAAGCAAAGCUUCAUUUGGUGAUGAAUGUAGCCACCAGGCCUAUCUGCAUGACCAAUUCUGGAGCUACUGGAAUAGAAAUUGACUAUCAGGAUUUAUCACACAAGAAAAAACUGGGAAUUGGAACAUCAGAAUGAUGAUCUUUUUUUCUACUAAGCUGUUUGAAAGAGCUUGACAUCUGUUCAUCCAAAUAAUGUUUAAGUAAUAAUUUUAUCGAUUUGGUUGAAGUAAAGGAAAAUUAUUUUGUGGAUAUGUUGAAAUCAUGCAUUUUUAUAACAGCAUCACUAGUCUCCAAUAGUAUGUGGGCUUCGAAAGUUGUACCAGUGAGUUGAAACCUAGUGGUUUGACAACCAGAUUUAGAGGAAACCUUGGGAGUUGCAUUUGUCAAGUAGCUAGGAAAACUGUUCAUGCAUACCCAGUAUCCAGAGCUUCAUUGGCAGCCCACACAUAAAGAACUGAAAGGUCAUUCUUCUUCCUGCAGUAUGAUGGUUUGUUGACAUAUUUUGACACACUGGUACAGUGCUGAAAGUUUUUGACCUUACUGCAACACUGGGAGACUUGGGGUCAGUUUAGCUAUCUGAUGUUUGUAGAAUUUCACUCAUGCUACAAUUUUUUUGUUUUUUGUUGGUUUGUUGUUGGAUUUUUUUUGUUUUGGUUUUUUUGGACUCCUCUGUCAGAAGUAGUAAACUAGUUUUAGAAAAUGUACAUGAAUGGUCUUAGAGUUUUAUGAUCACUUUUUAUUAUUCAACCAAAUUAUCCUUGUUUAAACAGAAAAUAAUGUACAUUCAACAAUUUAUGACUCAAACAUUCUUUUUAUGAAAACUAAAUUAAUUACUCUUAUCAAAUCUGUCUGCUAAUUUUAAUAGCAGGAAGUGAAGAUAGUCUUAUUAGUAGACCAAAAAAAAGCAUUUCUAAACUAAAAGGAGAGCCAGUUGUUUAAAAUUGUCUGCUUACAGAGCACCAGCUUUGUAAAUAAAUCAAGAAUAUCAGUAUCUGUCCUUUUGAUCAUACAAAACAAUCAGUAUGUGUAUACAAACAUACAUGCACAUUUUAUAAAAAGGAAGAUCCCACAUGUACCUUAUUUUCAACAACUUUGUACAUAAAUCCUUGUUGUGGCCAUAUUGUUUAAUGAGAUUUACAAAAAUAUCAACACAUAUUCUGACUAAUUAUGUAGUUUGUGCAAAGAAUUUGUUCAAAACAAGUAGCCCAAAAUAAUUUGUUUCAGUGUUUGGGCAAUAGUCUUAUCCUUAACAAGAUGAUUUAGAGAGUUGAACAUGUGGUUUCAGUGAGAAAUAUCUACAUCUUGUGUUGACAACUUCUACAGUUGUAUUAAUUUCCAGGAUCAUUUUAGAUUGUUUCACUCUGUAUCAAAAGUCACUUGUGCAUUGCCAAAGCAAAGAGGGAACAAAUCCACAUAAAAUUUAGAUUAAAAUUUAAAUUUGAAUGAUAAAUGUCAAAUAAACAUGAAUUACAAUAUAUUUUUCCAUAUAAAAUGUUUUAUACAUAUAUUUCAAAUUAGGAUAUUCAUUAUAAAUGGAUUAGAACCUAUCCUUUGACUGCUGGUUUAUUGCUUUCUCAGCUUUUACAGUAGUAUACAGGGCACUAUAUAUCUUUGUUUGAAUUAUUUUUCUUUAUAUUUUUCUCCACCCUUUCAGAUAUUGUUAUGUCAUUGGAGACUAUCACGUAGUACAGAUAGAGCGCUUUCAGCUUCCACAUAGAUAACUGCAAGGCUUCAGCUCCAAUUUCCCUGGUAUUUCUCAUUCAGAUUAGACAAGCAUCUAAGUUUAUGUACAAUAUGAGCUGACAGCAUAGAUCCUGCUAUGUUUGCCAAAGGCCUGGUCACAGACACUCCACUAUGUCAAAGAAUGUCAGUCCUCACAGACCUUACCUUUCAGAACUCCUUGUAAUUUUUAAUUGACAUUUACAUCUGACAUUUUCAAUGUAUUUCUUAUUGUUGAGUCUUUAUCUACCUAGGAAUAUCUUUAAAAAACUUCUGUAAACUAUUGCAUCGUAUAUUUUAAUGUAAUAAGGCCAGGUUGGUUAUUCUUAAGGUUCAGCAAGCAAAUUUACUUCCCCCUCCUUCAUGUAAUUCAGUAAAUGUUCUUCUAAUCCAUUUGAAGUGACAAUUGGGCAGGGUAUUGAGAGUGUGAAAGGAGUGUUAACUUGUAGUAUAAAUGUACAAAACAUAAUUGUUUUUAUUGUUGGCCACCCUCUGUGUGCAAUAAAGAUACCAUAAUCUUCUGAAAAAUUGUGUAUACUGCUACACACACAUACAUAAACAGCAGAGCACUUUAAAUAAAACAAAACUUAGAAUAUGUAGUGUACUUGCAUAUUGUAUAAUGUGGUGUAUUUUCUCAAAAACUGAAACUUUUUCAUUUUAGUUUCAAAGAUGAAAAACUUAAUAUUAAUAUAAGUAUAAUUAUACAUCUAUUAGAACUUAGAAUAAGGACGUACAGUUGAUAAUAAAUGUCAAGCACAGAACUAACAGAAGCAUUUUGUCACAAAUAAUGCUGCUUUUCCUCUAAUUAGUUAAUUUACAUUUUACAAAUUAAGGACAAAAUUCAGACAGAAAAUAAUCUAGUAGUAUAUCAUAGCUUUACUGACCUGUAUUUGUAUCUGCCAAAUUUAAGUUAAUUAGAAAUGUAGAUGCUGUUUGUUUUAUCUGUCAAAAAGCUCAUCUUACCAAAAAAAAAAAACUAGACACACUUUUCUCCCCAACAUUUAUCAUCUAAAUAAUAGUCUUGCCAAGAUGGCAGCCUCAUAAUAAACUCUUUUCGGUGGAGUGAUGGGUAAUGAAGCUUGCUUGUGAAGGCAGCGAAAAAUGUUGUCUAGCCAAAUGCGUGCAUAUGAUGGCUAGAGAAUCAGUGGACUUUCUCAGUCAUCAAUCUUUUUAGUAGCCUCUUAUACAUCUGAAUAUUUUGAUAGAUAACGCAAUUAUUAGAUCAUCUAUCUUUCUAACUAUCAGAGUUGCAUAAAAAUUAUUCACAUGCUAUUGAAUAUUAAAUAUAUUAGGCUUUCAGUAAUUUUUUCAAAACAGGGCCUAAAGGUGGAAGAAUUUUCUUAUAAAAACACCUUUAUUUAUUAAUAUUAAAUUACUAUAUCUGGAGUAUAAAACUACUUGUAUUAAUAUAUGAAAAAAAAGUAAAUAAAGUCAAAAGCCAAUUAGAGACAGAACUCUCUCACAGUAAAGCACAUGAAAACAAGAGGCUGAGUGGAUUUGAAAAAUUUAAGUGCAGCUUGAGAUGUAAAAUGAAGUUUGUUUGUUGAUCUGUGCCGGGCAAAAGGACAGCAGUCUUGUUUAAUGUUGCACAAAUUCCCUGUGCCUUGGAGAUCUUGACUUAGGAGCAGAUAAAUACAGUGUCAAUAUGGACUUCAAAUUACCUUUCAGUCUUUUUGAGAGUGGUUCUUCCAGAUUAAAGAUGAGGAAACUGAGAUUAUGUAUAGAAGAUGGCUGCAUUAUGGUGUACCCUGGGAGCUAAUAUGGAUUGUGGGGACUUCUUGUUUCUUAAACACAAGAAACUGCCUUCACAGAGCUACAGUUAUCUAUUUUAGGUUGGAGAAGGCAGUUGAGAUCUUUGCAUUAAGCACAUCAACAUCUCUAUAACAAGUAAUUCGUUUUAAGGUGCCAAGACAAGAUUUUUUUUAUUUUAUUUUAUUUUAAAAGAUCCUUUAAAAGUUAGGGAAAAUAGAAUUAGAUCAUUGAAACGUGUUAUGAUGUGGAAAUUGGUCUUUAAUGGGUCAGCUGAAGAUCAUAAUUUUAAUAAUAGCAAAAAUGUUAAUACACUCAUCACAGCAAAGAAGAUCUCUUUUGUUGUAUUAGUUCUAUGCAAAUAUCAGCAGUGUGAUUUAUGUUGAAGGGCACUCAGAUGAGCAAUUUAGGCCUUAAUUUUCAAUAGUUUAUAAGAUGGACCUUUUAAUAGAUCCUUCAUGAUUGCCUUACUGUACUGAAUAUUAGGGACCCGAUAUAUAAUUGGGUAUAUUAGGUUGCUGGCAGAGAUCAUAUCAAUCAUACCAGAUCAGAAUUUAAGUAUUGUGUUUAUUGUAAAUCUCAUAAACAAAGCUGUGAUUACAGUACUGCAUAGCCUGUGUGAACAGAUUUGAUUAUGCAUAAAACCUGCCAUGCAGUGACUUUUUCCUUUUGUCACUCCAAUUCUGAGUUUAAAAUCUAUGGCACUUUUCAUCUAAGUUUCUCAGAACACCACACUGGCAAGAUACAGUGGACAUACGUUUCCAUGCAAUAGGAGAUACCUGAUUAGUUUUCUAACUCUGCCUUAGGUUUUUCUAUUGAACCUGUAACUAUCGUAUCUAAAUACUUCCUGUUCUUAAGCAAGUCCCUGAGAUGCUGGCCGCUGAAGGUAGAAAACUAUGUACAAGAUUCAGCAAGAUAUUUAAGCAUGUUCCUAACUUUUAAGCACUUGGGUGUUAACAUCAUUGUUUAACAUUUAUAUUAUGAUAGAAUCUGUAUGCCACCCAGAUGGGAUCCUGUUGGCCUAGACACUGUACAAACAUAUGUAGUACAUAACAGUCCUUUCAUUGAUUUCAGUGCGAUUACUCAUAUAGUUAGUUAGAUAUGUACUUACAUGCUUUGCUGAAUCAGGGUCUAUAUCUCAGAUAGAGUGAGAGGAUGGGGAUAUAGGUUAAUACAUUUUAUAUAGGAGUAAAAUGGCGCACAGAAGUUUAAAUGACUUGCUGAGUAUCACCAGACAUUGCAAGAGCUGGGAACUGAGCCCUGAAUUCUGACUCCCAAUCCCCUUCUCUGACCAUCAUCAUACCAUUUUCAAAAGUUGUAUUUAUGCACAAGUACACAUUUAUAUUUAUACUAUGUAACCAUAAAGAAAUGUAAAAUUUAGGGCACACACUACGCAAGUGUCACUAAAACCCAGAAAUAUGUCAAUAAAAACAAAUUAUAAUAAGUUAGAAUUAUUUACAUUAUUAUGAGUGGAACUUGUGUAACUACAUAA